CUGAAUCAGAACCAGGAAGAGGAUUGCCAAGAAGGAAAACAACAAAUACCUGAAAUUAGAAGUAGCUGUGUCAGCGCCGUGAGAAUUAACAGAAAGGAAAGAACAAACAUCCACUGCCAUGGACGAGACACUCUUUCAAUUAAAGUUCACAGCAAAGCAGUUGGAAAGACUGUCAAAGAAGGCAGAGAAGGACUCAAAGUCAGAACAAGCCAAGGUUAAGAAGGCCCUCCAGCAGAAGAAUGUGGAGUGCGCCAGGGUGUAUGCCGAGAACGCCAUUCGCAAAAAAAACGAGGGCGUUAACUGGCUGCGCAUGGCCUCACGUGUGGAUGCUGUGGCCUCUAAGGUCCAGACUGCAGUCACCAUGAAAGGAGUCACAAAGAACAUGACUCAGGUGACCAAGGCCCUAGAUAAGGCUCUUGGCUCCAUGGAUUUGCAGAAGGUGUCAGCCGUCAUGGACAAGUUUGAGACACAGGUGCAGAACCUGGAUGUUCACACCUCGGUGAUGGAGGACUCGAUGAGCUCUGCCACCACCCUGAGCACACCCCAGGAGCAGGUGGACGACCUGAUUGUGCAGAUAGCUGAGGAGAGCGGUCUGGAGGUGAUGGACCAGCUCAACCAGCUGCCAGCUGGUGCCAGUUCUCUGGGGGAGAGCUCCCGGGCCCAGGAGAAGGAGGACCAACUUUCGCGCAGGUUGGCCGCCUUGCGGAACUGAGGCCCCGUCUCAGUGGCUGUUUCAAAGAGCAGAGAGCAGAGGCUAUAUGUUCGCCGAGAAAGAGACAACCAGGACAGUUUGGCUCGCUGCAAUUCUAUUGAACUGUUCCUACAGCGAAGACCUGACAAGCCUGUAUUGAUUCACCCCCUCGUCUAUUUAUAUACACAUUGGCACUCGGUGUGGCUGAAAAUACUACUGAGUGUGUGUUUCGUUCUUUCUCCCACCCACGCACACACACUCACUUUCUCCCGUUUUACGCUGUAAACAAUCUGUCUCCCCUGUGACUUUUUGUCCUCUCUUUCUAUUUCUGUCCUCUGUCUCUUUCCCAUCACCUCUUUCCCCAUAUGUCCCCCUCUCUCCUCUGUUCUCUUCUCUGCCACCACCCCCCACCCCCAGGCCCCCACAGAUGCUGUCUUCAGUGUGAGCCCCUCACAUGUGAGGUUCAGUAUUUGAUCAGAGGAGCCGAUCUCAACAUAGUCUUUUAUCCAGAGAUGUUUUCAGUAUGUACAAAGGAAAUGUAAAAAAAAAAAAAACAUAUAAGUUUAAGUUUACUGUAUUUAGGAAUGAGUGCUGCUUUCAGCCCAGCCAUAUCCUUGGAUGAUGGAGCUCACCUUUCCCCAAUAGCAUUUUAGGUUUCACAGAGAGUCUCCUCGAGAGUUUUAUAUACCUGUUUUGUUCAGACUGAGGCAGGAAUACGAUAAUACGAGAGCUGAAAUGAAAAUCAGGAUUGCAGGGGAUUGUUCUGAUGCAGUCGUGAGAGCUGCCAACCACAGAACAGAGUCAUGUCUCUUUCUCCGACUUGUUUUGCUGUAGAUAUUAGUCAGGACAGGAACAUGGAUAUUUUUGGAGGAACACUAAGACAUCUGGGAACUGGUUUCCUUUAGACCACCCCCCCCCCCUUCGCUCCUAUAUCACAUAAUUUAAAGUCAUGGGACUUAGUCACAGCAUAAACAGUCAUCAUUUGCAUUGCAUGCAGUGUAAUACUGCUGUAAAAUUCAUCAUUUUUUGCUCUGUAAAACAGCUUUUGAAUUUAUGUAAUACAUUGGUUAUUUUCUUUUUUUGGUUGCUGGAUUAUUCAAUUUCAUUUUUUUAUUUGUCUUUCAGUGUUUCAUGUUUUUAUUGUUCUGAUGUGUCUGGAUGCUUUGGUGAAUUGUUUGUUGUUGUUGUUUUAUUUCAUGAAGGCCUUACUUUCACACAGCUGCUUGUCUGGGUGCUCCUCCUCAGUGCCUCAGUCAGAAAACCCAUAGAGAGCUUAAGAGCUGUAAUGACAAUAAGAACACCCCCCAGCACACACACACACACACACACACACACACACACACACACACACACACACACACACACACACACACACACACCUCCCAUCUCAUCCCAUCCACCAUCAUUACCAUUACUGGCUCCAUGUUGUCAUGGAAACAAGGAAGUCCCCCUUUUCUCUCUCUCACGCACUCUGUAGUCCUGCCACAAUCAGCCCUGGGUAAAUCUUUGCUUGGUUCCUUCUGCCAGGAUGACUAUCAUGAUUUUAAUUUCAGUUUGUUUUGUUUGGUGGCUCUCCCAGUCUCUCAGUUGAGAUGGUAGGGCAUGGGGUUUAUUUGUACUUUAACUUACAAAAAUGACUCAAAGCGGCAGAGAUUUUUCUUUUGUAUAUUUAACUUGUGGAAAUAAAAUUCCCUCUGAUAU